GUAGACGCAUGCGCAGUCAAGCGGUUGUAACUCAAAAUAUUCAAUAAUCUGGGAAGCAGCUCGCGCUGGACACCUCGCGGCAAAACGAGAACAAACUGCGGUGUUUUUCACAGGAAAGAGGCGCGUUUCCAGCGGGGCCCGGUCACUAACCAGCAGCGAUGAGCUUCUUUGGGUUUGGUCAGAGUGCGGACAUAGACAUAGUUCUGAAUGAUGGCGAAACGAGGAAAAAAGCUGAGCACAGAAGCGAAGACGGCAGAAAGGACAAAUAUUUUCUUUUCUACGACGGGGAGACGGUGUCGGGAAAAGUCAACGUUACGCUCAAAUACCCUGGAAAGAGGCUGGAGCACAACGGCAUCAAGAUCGAGUUUAUCGGUCAGAUAGAGAUGUACUAUGACAGAGGAAACCACCACGAGUUUGUGUCUCUGGUGAAAGACUUGGCUCGACCCGGGGAGCUCACGCAGUCCCAGACGUUUGACUUUGAGUUCACACAUGUGGAGAAACCCUACGAAUCGUACACUGGUCAGAAUGUCAAGUUACGCUACUUCCUCAGGGCGACAGUUGGCCGGAGACUCAACGACAUCAGCAAAGAGCUCGACAUUGUGGUUCACACGCUCAGCACCUACCCUGAGAUGAACUCCUCCAUCAAGAUGGAAGUGGGCAUUGAGGACUGUCUGCACAUAGAGUUUGAGUACAAUAAGUCCAAGUAUCACCUAAAAGAUGUGAUAGUAGGGAAGAUAUACUUCCUGCUAGUGAGGAUUAAGAUCAAACAUAUGGAGAUUGACAUAAUCAAGCGGGAGACAACUGGAACAGGCCCCAACGUUUACCAUGAGAAUGACACCAUAGCCAAGUAUGAAAUAAUGGAUGGUGCACCUGUCAGAGGCGAGUCCAUCCCCAUCAGGCUGUUUCUGGCAGGCUACGAGUUGACGCCCACAAUGAGGGACCUCUGCUUUAAACUACUUACUUUGCUGGAAAAUUGAUGCGGCAGUCAUUCAAAAUGUUUAUGAGUGACUAAACAAUUAAUGUGACAGCAUGUUUCUAUGUGUCCUCACAGGAAUGUGAACUUCUAAUAUGAACUAAGUUGGUUUUUUUUCUGCCAUGCCCUCUGCUGAAAGAAAAACUUUUCAUUUCCAUCUUAAUUUUACGUCACUGAUAUGACUCGAGGAUAACCAAACAGCAGUACAAGAAAAGGAAGAUAGAUGUUCAUACAUUCCAGAAACAGGCAUGGCUUCAUUUGUAACCCAAAUCCAUUUUAUUAAGCCAGCAUUGAACAUGUUUGAUGCCUCAGUAGUGUAUAGCUCAGUGUGUGCUCCUUGUCAGCGCUGCAGGGUUUCCCUUCCAUCUUAGUUACAGCUGCCAGUCACUAAUAGUUUGAAACAUCACUCUGCUAUUUGCACUAUGUGCUUUUUUCCUGCUCUCAGUGCUGUUUACAGACUCACUGGACCCAUGAGGGGAAAGUCUGACUCCAUUUUCCCCCGGCAUCACUUCAGAUCUAAUAAAGACAGUAUUUAGUGUUUAGUGACAUAGAUGCCUGUUAACACAAUAUGGGCUGCUGAGACUGCUUUGUUUCGUUAGCUAGAUUUGUGCCUGUAAGGGUUUGGUGCCAAAAUGUUUCAGUGCAAUAACAGUUGCCGCGGUGAGUUGCUGUGUCCUUUUUUCCCCACUCAGACUGCUCCUCAGGUUAUUCACGGUCUGUUCAUGAAGGAAAAAUAUGGGUUUAGUAUGAAAGCAGGUUUAGAGCGCUUAACAAAAACAGUGAAAAUGAAGAUUCCCACAACAGUUUCUAAAUAAAUAAGAUGAGAUUUUUGCUUUUUUACUGCAGGUCAGGGAGUGUGAUUAAUGACGUCCUUGUUUUCCUUUUCUGAACUGUGUGAGAGCACACUAAAGAGUGCAAAGUGUGGAGCAUUCAAAGUGAACCCCUGGAUCUUCCUGUCCUUCAAUAUUUUGCUUAACGAGCUUUUGCUGCGCAGCUUUCCCAGAUGGAUCACUGUGUUUUUGAGUGUGUAUGUUUCAUAGUUUCCCAGGCAGUAAGGAAAAGUUUGUAACUUUGUUGCUGUUUUGCUUUGGUGGCAUGACUGCUACCACGAAGACGGCUGCUUAUUGAGACUCAGGCUGAGCUGUGCUGAUUUGAGCCAACAGGAAAUGUUUUAAUUCACAUUUAUUUCAGUUUAAUAGGGAAAAACAAGCCCAAAUCAUACAUCAGGAGUGCUGGUGGGAAUUGGUGAAACUCUGGUAAUAUGGUAACAUGAAUGUUAUCCUCUGCGUAUGGCAGAAUGCGUUUUUUUUUUUACUCACAGCAAACACAAAGACAUAAUGAGUGCUGAAGAAAAGGAAUAAAUCCAGGGGUAAACUGAGCACUCUUCGUGUCUAUGAGAAGGAGCAGGAGGCCAGCAUGAACAAAAAAACCUUCCCCUCACCUUUGACCCUGAUCAUUUUCAGGCCCUCUGCAGUAGUUCUCUGCCUCGCAGUCAAGAGUCUCACAGCAGUCUGAGAGCUCGUGCUUUUUGUUACCUGCCUGUGAUUCUGCUUUCUAUCAGUACUGGUACACACCAGCAACAGUGAGCCAGUAAAACAGGAAGGAACAAUGAAAUGUACAAAAUAAAUGCAGCCCCCACCUGUUUAUAUUCCUGUCAUAUUUUAUCUUCCUGUCUAUAAAUGUUGAUUUUAAUCAUUUUAUAUUCCAGUUUUUCUUUGAAAUCAAAGGGAAUAAAUAUCUG